CCGCCUCCUCUCCCACUCCCAAUUUCUUCUCAGAGCUCAGAGAUUUCCACUCCAAUGGCGUCCUUCUCCCAUUUCAUCCUCUUUUCAGCCAUUUUUGGGUGCUUUCUUUCACGCGCCCAAUCCCUCACUUGCUCUUCUCAAUCCUUCUCCAACAGAUCCUUCGCCCACUGCGACGAUCUCCCCCAUCUCGACGCCUUUCUCCACUGGACCUACGAUCCCAAAAAUUCCUCUCUCUCCCUUGCUUUUCUCGCCUCUCCGCCGCAUUCCGGCGGCUGGGUCUCCUGGGCCGUCAACCCCACUUCCACCGGUAUGGCCGGAGCCCAGGCCUUUGUCGCCUCUGUUUCCGGGAAAGCCCCCUCUGUCCGUACCUUCAACAUCUCCUCCUACUCCUCUGUUGUCCCCUCACCGAAACUCUCCUUCCUCGUCUGGGGCCUCGCCGCCGAAUUUUCCGAUGGUCGGUUCACUAUCUUCGCUUCCGUUAAAGUUCCGCCCGAGGCUAAGUCGCUGAACCAUGUCUGGCAAGUUGGACCGGAGGUCGACCCGGAUACUGGUGUUCCUUCUGUUCAUGAGUUUAAACCGGCUAAUUUGAAUGCCAAGAGCGUGUUGGUUUUUGAUAAGAAGGGUGGUGCUAGUCCUGCCCCACAUGCUCUCGACGGUGAGUCUCCUGCACCGUCGCCAGCGGUUGUCGGCCUUAACGAAGCUGCCGCUUCCGCCACCGCGCCCAGUACCGAUAAGAGUGGGGUCGCCGGAAGUAGAAGCCGGAAUUUCCGGCUGGUUGUGGGUUGGUUUGUGUUUGUUUGGGGAAUUAUUAGUUUCUGAUUUUAAUUUUAGAAAAUAAUAAUAAUAAUAAUAC